AUGGCUCUUUUCCACACAUCUGCCGAAAACAAUCAGCCGCCAAACGGCGGCAAAAGGAGAUUGUCGAUGUUCUCCUUUGGUAGUCUGACUGCCACUCCUCAAGCAAAGGAUGUGAACUUGUCGACGUCACCAAAUUCGUCUCAGUCUAAGGCUCCUCCGGCUUCUUCCGAAGCCGAGGCCGAGUCUGUUAAUCUGAAGCCAACAAAGCCAGUGGUUUCUACCAACAGCAGCACUACUAAUCUUCCCCAAAAAGUGUUGUCCAGGUCUCCUGGCCCCAAUUCGCCCACUAUGUCGGGAUCGAAAAACACUCAGUUGGGCUCCCCUGUUUGCUCACCCUUGUUCGAGACAGACUCUUUACUGGAGGCCCCAAGCUGUAAUAUCUUUGAGAGAUCAGUUCAAGACUUGAGCGGGCAGGUUAAAAACGAGGAUUGUAUUCCUCCUGCCUUGGAUGCGUCAGCUCACAUCUUGACGGACAAGCAAACAAACUUGGACGAGGUCGAGAUGGUUUACUCUAAUCGCAGAAACUCAUCGGUCAUUGGAUUGAACAUGGCCUUGGGCAGACCUUACACUCCUUCCCGCAAGAACAGUGUCAUUUCCAUGUCCCACUGUAACCCUUCAAACACCUCAGCGAACCCAGCUGCAAGCUUGAAGGACUCUUACAACCCAAGCAUCGGCGGCUCUCAGUCUUCAUUGACGAACGGCCCCCCACAAUCCCCAGUAUCUCCUCCAAAAUUGAAGAGUUCUAGGUCGUCGGUCUCCUUCUACUCGUACGCUGACAUGAUUAAUAGCGACGAGUUUGCUCGCAGACCCUCGAUGAAGCACUCAAUGAGUCACGGCAUGGCCCCUACAGUCAACCGUAAAAUGAGUGUUGCUUCUAAUCAUUCUAUCACAUCCAACCCUUUGUCCUGCAACACCGGUGCUGCGUGCGGCAUGAAUGCUUCUAAUGUUGGUAGCGCUAGCAACAUGUCCACGUUCUCGUUGAACAAAGGAUCAAGAAAGUUGGCAUCCACGAGCGCUUUGCCUCAGUCUCAAUUGACAAAGCAACUCGCGCAGAGAGAUUCUCGUCUGCCAUCAUCUGGCGUUCCUUCUAGACAAGCUUCGAAGAAGGGCCAGAGCAAGUUGAACAACUUCAUGAUCAGCCCAGAAUCCAGUGAGUCGGAGGAUCAGGAUGUAUACUAUCCUGCUGCCUCUAACUCUCCUGCUACCACUCAGAGAAGAACAUCUGUGGUGUCUAAUGGCUCAAACGCUAAUGGGGAUAACGAGAGUUUGGUGUCUUCGUCAGUUGGCGAAUGCAUUAGGCAAUGUACUACUGACAUUGUGGGGAUCAACUAA